GAAAUGACACAAAUGAACACUGAACACGUCAAAAAUAGUUUUUUUACUUGCGAUUGAAACGAAAAGAUGUUUUGAAAAUGUAUUUGUUGACAUUAUUCAGAUUUUUGUGUGCUUAGGAUAUUCUGAUAAAUCGAAGUGAAAUUUUAGUGCACAGGUGGAUACAAAAAAUACAAAAUGAAGGCUAUACUAGCAACUGUAAUCAGUCUUGCUCUUACGACUGUGGUUAUUGGAAAUGCCUAUUAUCAGAAAAAACAGUUUUAUCCUUCAAUAGUCUACCUAACAAACUCAAACCCUAGCAUGGCUGUAAUGUAUUUGCAAGCUUUUAUACUAGUACUUCUAGUUGGUAAGUUAUUACGGAAAAUAUUCUUUGGACAACUUCGACCAGCAGAAUUUGAGCACUUGAUAGAAAGAUCCUGGUAUGCCAUAACGGAAACAUGCCUAGCAUUCACUGUUUUCAGGGAUGACUUCAAUCCAAAAUUUAUAGCUCUAUUCACUCUAUUGCUAUUUUUAAAAGCAUUCCAUUGGCUUGCAGAAGACAGGGUUGAUUAUAUGGAAAGGAGUCCUGUGAUAGGAUGGUUGUUCCAUGUGAGAAUCCUGAGCCUGUUGAUGUUACUGGCCUAUGCAGAUUCUUACUUCAUAUUCCAUGCAUACCAAGUUACCGCAUCCAAAGGGCCGUCGGUGCAGCUUGUGUUUGGCUUUGAGUAUAGUAUACUCAUUAUAAUGAUUGCAAACAUUUUAAUCAAGUAUGCCCUGCACGCAAUCGACUCACGCUGGGAAACGCCUUGGGAGAGCAAAGCGGCAGUCCUCUUAUAUACAGAGCUUGCCAUAAAUUUUUUAAAAGUACUCCUGUACAUCGGCUUUGUUGCCGUCAUGGUGCGCAUCUACACCCUACCACUCUUCGCAUUCCGACCAAUGUAUGAGACAAUGAGGAGUUUCAAGAAAGCUUAUAACGACGUGGUACUGUCUCGGCGCGCGAUCCGAAACAUGAAUACUCUCUACCCUGACGCUACAGCCGCGGAGCUUGCCGCCGCUGACAACGAAUGCAUUAUAUGUCGCGAAGAAAUGCACUCUGGCGCGAAGAAACUGCCGUGUAACCACAUCUUCCACGCGGCGUGCCUCCGGCUGUGGUUCCAGCGGCAGCAGACGUGCCCCACAUGCCGACUGAACGUGUUGCGCGCGCCCGCGCCCUCCCCUGACGCCGGCCCUGCGCCCGCGCAGCGCGCCAACCCUGCCCCUGCCCCCGGCCCUGGCGCUGUACCUGGCCAAGCUCCGCCGCAAGCGGGCGCCGUGCCCCCGCCCUUCCCCAAUAUGCCGCCGCCGCCGAUGAUGUCUUGGGGCAUUCCGCCGCCGCCGCCACCGCGGCCCGCCUCACUCGCCACGCUCACUACCGCUGAACUGCAACGCAUGGAAGGCACCGAACGCAGAAACAUUGAAGCGAGACUGCAGUUGUUACGAGAGAUCCAAGCUAUGCUAGACGCGUCCGUGCUACUGAUGCAGCAGUACUCGGCGGUGGUCACAAACUUGCCACAGAAUCAGAGCACAGUCGCCACACAAACGGACGCGGUCCCCAUAGAAACGGUUGAGACUCCCAAAGUGAAGGUGAAAGUGGAGCCGGACGUGGUGCCCACUACGUCGAGCCAUCAAUCCCUGAGCGCGCCCUCGACCAGCGGGGUCAAGCUGCCCCCCGUAGAUACCCCAGAACUGAGCUCUAGAGACAAGACUGACACUGAUGCAGAGGAGCUGAGGAGACGUCGACUGCAAAAAUUCACUAUGGACAAAUGAGCUCGUUGAUAAAAUAUAUUGUUUCGAUUCCCUUACUUACUAUUAUUUAAUGUACAAAGUGUUCCGG